GCCUCUGCUCGCCUCCGUUGCUUUUUCUGGUAGGUCUUCGUAUUUCUGCCGACUGGAAACAUUGCGGUGGUUCGCCGGUUCCAGCGCCUCCUGACAGUCGUCGAAGAUGAAGUUCAGCCGGAGCAGCCGCCAGGUGCCUGCCGCCCCUCGUGGAGCCCCUCUCCUCCCGUCCAGCCUCCAGUCCGUCCUCUCGUCCGCUGCACCACUUCCUCAUGCUGCGACCUCACCCGACCGAUUCUGAUAUGGACUAUGAGAGGCCCAACGUCGAGACCAUCAAAUGUGUGGUCGUCGGGGACAACGCGGUGGGGAAGACCCGUCUCAUCUGCGCCCGCGCCUGCAACGCCACCCUAACACAGUACCAGCUGCUGGCCACCCACGUGCCCACGGUCUGGGCCAUCGACCAGUACCGGGUGUGCCAGGAGGUACUGGAGCGCUCCAGGGAUGUGGUCGACGACGUCAGCGUGUCCCUUCGCCUCUGGGACACGUUUGGGGACCACCACAAGGACCGGCGCUUUGCUUACGGCAGGUCGGAUGUGGUGGUGCUCUGUUUCUCCAUCGCAAACCCCAACUCGCUGUACCACGUGAAGACCAUGUGGUACCCUGAGAUCAAGCACUUCUGCCCCCGCGCUCCGGUCAUCCUGGUGGGCUGUCAGCUGGACCUGCGCUACGCUGACCUGGAGGCUGUGAACAGGGCCCGUCGGCCCCUGGCCAGACCCAUUAAAUCCAACGAGAUCCUGGCCCCUGAGCGAGGCCGGGAGGUGGCCAAGGAGCUGGGGGUGCCGUACUACGAGACCAGCGUGGUUGCUCAGUUCGGCAUCAAGGACGUCUUUGACAACGCCAUCCGGGCUGCGCUGAUCUCACGUCGGCACCUGCAGUUCUGGAAGUCCCACCUGAGGAACGUCCAGCGGCCCCUGCUGCAGGCGCCCUUCUUGCCGCCCAAACCGCCCCCGCCCAUCAUCACCGUCCCGCCUCCGCCCAGCUCCACCGAGGAGCACCCGGCCCGCCUGCUGGAAGACCCCCACUGCGCCGACGUCAUCCUGGUCCUGCAGGAGCGCCAGAAGAUCUUCGCGCACAAGAUAUACCUGGCCACGUCCUCCUCCAAGUUCUACGACCUCUUCAUCAUGGACGGGGCGCCUGAGGAGGCCGAGUGGCCCGGGCGGGGCCCUCUCUCCGGCCGGGAGCUGCUGAUGAGGGCCGCCAGCUUUGACGUGUGCGAGAGCAGCGACACGGGCGACCGCGCCAACCUGCGGGCCUGCACCAGCGACGGCACGCUGAGGGAGUCCCAGGGGGCGCGGCAGGGCCAGCUGCUCUCCUCCUGGAGCAGGGCCUUCGUCAGCAUCCAGCAGGAGCUGGUGGAGGACCCGGGCACCUACGCCCCCCGGCCCAUGACGGUGGUGCACAUGGACGGGUCCAUGCUGCUGGGGCCCUUCCGGGCGGUGCUGCGCUACCUGUACACUGGCCAGCUGGACGAGCACGAGAAGGAGCUCAUGCACAUCGCGCACAUCGCCGAGAUGCUGGAAGUGUUCGACCUGCGCAUGAUGGUGGCCAACAUCCUCAACAACGAGGCGUUCAUGAACCAGGAGAUCACCAAAGCCUUCCACGUGCGGCGCACCAACCGGGUCAAAGAGUGUUUGGCCAAGGGCACCUUCUCGGAUGUGGUGUUCAAGCUAGAUGAUGGCACAAUCUCAGCCCAUAAGCCCUUGCUCAUCUCUAGCUGUGAUUGGAUGGCAGCGAUGUUUGGAGGGCCUUUUGUGGAGAGCUGCACUAAAGAGGUGCUGUUCCCCAACACGACGCGCACCUGCAUGCGGGCGGUGCUGGAGUACCUCUACACGGGCCGCUUCUGCUCCCGGGCGGACCUCGACGCCAUGGAGCUGAUCGUUCUGGCCAACCGGCUCUGCCUCCCGCACCUUGUUGCUCUAACAGAACUGUACACGGUUACAAUGUUGAUGGAGACGGCCCUUAUGGGCGCUGACACCGACGGGGAUGUCCUGGUGUACCUGGACAUGGCGCAGUUCCACUGUGCCCAGCAGCUCACAGGCUGGUGCCUUCACCACAUCUGCACUAAUUACAACAGCGUGUGCCGCAAAUUCCCCCGAGACAUGAAAGCCAAGUCUGCAGAGAACCAGGACUACUUUGAGAAGCAGCGCUGGCCCCCGGUGUGGUACCUGAAGGAGGACGACCACUACCAACGGGCCCGCAAGGAGCGCGACAAGGAGGACUACCUGUACCAGAGGAGGCAGUGCAAACGCAAAUGGCUGUUCUGGAACCUGCCCUCCUCCCCGUCCUCACACUCUCCUCCUUCUGGGUCGUCUGCUGUCAUCUGAUGGGGUGAGGAACCAUCCACUGGCUGCUGCGGACAGACACCCAGGCAUCCCAUUAAAAAAGCUCAUUCUUAAUGCUCCUUACAGUGGAAUAUGAUUUGUGGGAGGAGCACUGGACAGAGCAGGGUAUGGACUGAAUCCAAGCCUCGUUGACAGUAAAUUGAAGGCUGGUGCAAUAGGCUUCUGCUCUUCGAGCGGUGAGCAUUUCAUUGAAUGUUUGGCUAGGUAAGGUCUCAAGGAAUGGACGUCUGCUGGCACAGAACUGUCAUCCAUUGAUCGCUCAUAAAUUACUGAUAACUGAUAACCGAUAACCAAGUGCUGCUUACGAGAGCUGCAACAACCAGCAAUUUUACACAAAAUCCCAAAUCUCAGAUCCCAAAUUUAUAAAAAACUACCAAACUCAGUCUUCGGCAGGAUCCCCUCAGCAAGAAGCUCAAAGUCUCCAGUCAAUACAGGCCCUCAUGAAUCACAGAGCACUGAUUAGAGGGUUUGAUUGACCGGAAGACCCUCGGAGGACAACAGUUCACACAGACCCAGAGGGAGAAUACAGAGCGACGUGUGUGUGUGUGUGUGUGUGUGUGUGUGUGUGUGUGUGUGUGUGUGUGUGUGUGUGUGUGUGUGUGUGUGUGUGUGUGUGUGUGUGUGUGUGUGUGUGUGUGUGUGUGUGUGUGUUAACAGAUUUGAAUGUUUGUGUACAGCUUGAAGUGAUUCUGGAUACACUCAAGUACCCAUCUCCAUUAUUGUGCGGCCUUGUGUGUUGCAUCUUCUUACACUAAAAGGGCUUUCGUUUACAUGAAUGCAGGUUGUGUGUCUUCUGAAAGACGCAAGAGAAUCCUGGAGAGAAAUAAGUAUCUUCUUGAAAUUUCCAGUAAACAAACGUGGGUUAUUUAAGUUUAGUGUGUUUGAUUGUUCAUUGCUAUUGCUUCACUUUGUUGAUGCUUGACAGAUGUAAUUAUACUCUCUAGAGACUUGUCAUGCUAACACACCUUACAUGCCAUUCAUUGAGGUUCAGAUUGAAUGCAUAACUGUGAUACAAAUCACACUUUAUAAGAGCGUAUUUGAUGCUUAUGAUUACGCUGCGCUGUAAACCUCCAGUAACAUGAGCUCCUCUUAUCUUCUAUCUCCGAUCAGCUUUUUAGACUCUACUGGUCUACAGGAGGCCCAGCGGGAGGCUGAAGCUGCCUGUUUUACAGCAUGUGUUUUUGACAGGGUACACAGAUGCCUGGGUCAAGCCAUCAGCCUUCUGCUAAGCUCUUGUUUGUUCUUGAAAUCCUCUAAGAUCCUAAAGCAACCCCUUGUAGCAGCACGUUGGUGGCCUCGAUCCUGCUGCUGACAAACGCGGAGGCUUCAGAAGUUUGGUUGAGUUUGUGUUUUUGUGUAUUUGUAUUUUAACGCUGCUGGUCUCUUCCUGCUGUGUGUGGAUUGGAUUGUUUAGACUUGUUGUCAAGUAUUGUUCAGAUAACAUGCAAGAAACUUGCAUUAAUGUAUGUGCAGUUAUGUCAAUAUUGUUUACUGCAGAUGGUGAUAGAAGGAACUACAGUAUUACUUAAUGGGGAAAACUUACAACGUACUAAGUUUGGUGUUGUGCUACUUGCACAAUAGCUAACUGGCAGUUACAUAUAGUAACCAAAUAUUUAAAAAAGUUUAAAAAUCAGACUAAGAAUCGCAACUAUUGUACCAAAUUCUGGUGCUAGCAUAUUGGUCUCACUCAUAGAGGAUAAAAGUUUCUACAAAAAAAAUUACUUGGAUUACAGGCUUCUCUUUGAGCAGCCCAUUGUGAAAGGCUUGCCUUAGGCAUGCAAAGAAAAGGUCGGACCUUUUUAAACUGCGAUUUUUAAGAUCUAAAUAAUUACCAACAUGAAAACCGCAGAACGCAUGAAUGAGGCUUGACAAAACAGCAACAAGAAAAAUCACUGGUAAUUAACACAAAUGGUGGUGCUUUUGCUCUCAAUCACAAUAUUUACCUUGUUCAUAGCAGCAGUACUGCACCCUGUGUUGUUUAGGGUUUUUUAACAGGGUUACUAGAAUGUGAAGUCUCCUCUGACCCUCCUGCUCACCUCUCCUACUAAGCUCCAAUGAUUUUUAUCUCCAGUUUGAAAUGCGGGAUAUUUCUACCACAUGUAUAUUUUUAUCAAAACGGCACGUUUUAAGUAGUGGCUUCUAUUUGAUAGGUUCUGCAACCAUAAUUAGCUGGGCAGCGUUAUUUAAAUUGAUCACAUAGAUUUUAAGAUUUAAUUUCCUAUUAAUCUUUCUUCUUCUGUGAAUGUUUGGUGUUUAGACACCUCAUGCCUUAAUGUAAAGUGUGUGUUGGAUGUAAAUACUGAUGCUGUCUGGAGGCCUGUUCGUGUGCUAAACAUGUAAGUGACACUUGUACUGGAAGUCAUGGGUAUUUGUAGAUGUACAUAAUCUGAAUCUGACAUGGUUGUACAUUUGUGAGGGGCUGUUUGUUUGAAUGAUCCUGUUUUUAUUCUUAUUAUUUGAAAUUCGUUCAGAUAUAAAUGUUUAAUUCUGGUUAAUAACCUCAAAUUUCGAAGACUUAAUCAAAGCAAAAAUAAUACAAAUAAAGUAAGUAUGUUAAAUAAAAGAUGAUUAGGAAAUAAUAUCAUUAUAAAUAGUUUUAUUAGAUUUGCAAAUCGAAAAUGGCGUCGAGAACAAUGCUUGCUGAUGCAUAGUUAAAAAUAUAUACCCACUUUAUACUAUGCAUAGAAAUAAAGUUAUUUUUAGACUGAUUUACACAGCAUUGGAGCAUUUAAAAGUCGCCAUUGAAUUACAAACGAUUAUUUGAGGAACACAGCUCAUUAGCUUAGUAGAGAAUAUCAGGUAAAACUAUUAGAUCGGAAUAUAAUAGUCCUCCAUAUAUGUGGGUGCUAACAUCAACGCUGCAGAAAAGCACAAACCAAAGGUAGCUUCGGCAGCACCAGGCUAAGAUGCUGCACAAUCACAACCGCAUAGUUAAGAGGCCUUGUACUGAACUUCUCUUUUUACACUUGAACAUCUGCUCAGUGUAGGAAGCCUGUAUGACGUUUCCCGUGUCGUCAGGUUCUUUGCUCUGAAAAAGUUGUUUCGCUUAUGAACUUUGCUGUACAUCUGGAAUUGCGUAGCAUGUGUUCUUGAAAAGUAUGUAAAUAAUAUUUACUAAAUAAAAAAAGUAGCAAACGUUGAAAUAUUUCGUCAUGGUUCCUAUGUCUGUGUUGAUGUCUUCUUCAUGCCUCCUGGGUUUGCGCUCCGUGUGGUAACGUGGGCCUGGCGACCCGUCGCUACUGCGCAUGACCACGCUCCAUGAAAACAACUCGUGGAAGAGAGAAGAAACCUGGAAAACCCAUCCAUGGCGGUGCAAUGGCCGCUCGUCCCGUUGUCUGCUUCUCCGGGUUUCAGCAGGCGGGAGCAGCAGCAGACGGGUCAGCUUUGAGCCAAUCGGAUCUCUAUUUUGUCAGUAAGGCCCUGCAGCUGUCGGCCCAGAUGAACAGAAAAUCACCAGAGGAACCAGCAUACAAAUACAUCAACCUUUAGUGUGAAAGAUCUGCUCAGAUAGCACCACCUGAUGGAUCAUCUGCAGACCCAGGGAUUGUAGGUCUUGAGUUUGACGAUGGGAUACUACUACUCCUUGACCGUGGGUCGACUAGUAGUAAUUAAGUAAUGGUAGGCUUGAAGUUAUCUAUCCAGAGAUGACCAUCAGCAAGUGUCUCGCCUGAGGACUUCAGGGAGACGAUCAUCAGAGUGGACAGCUCCGAAGGCCGCUGCUCGGUUGCGGAUGAGGUAAUGAUAUUCGUUCACUUGUGUGGUCACUCUGUUUAAAACCAUGACCAGAUGGGGGAUUUGACUGCUUCAUAACAAAGAAUAAAUAGGCUUAUAAAAUAAAACAUUUUCCUUCUCGAUAAAAUGUAGCACUGUAGGCCUUUUGAAAACCUCGCUUUUAACACGGAACACACUCAUCAAACACUAGAGAGCAGCAACACUCAAGAUAAAGUCCAAAUGAGAGAGCAUUCACUGCUGUAACACAAAACCAAACACUGGAAUCACUGCAAAGUAACUGUUCUAUUUGUUUUGAAAACAAACAAUAUUUCCAUUUUCUUUACAGUUCACGUUCUAUUGUGUAUACGUCAGUAUCUGCAAUUUCAUCGCCACUCUCACCACAAGGUGGCGCAAGUACUGCAUGUUAGUUUAUGUGUGGCCGGGCCGCAUGAGCAAUAUGUCGGCAUGACCGUCUUCUUCCUUUGUGAUGUUGACUUCAUGCUUAAAGCAUUUCCUAUUUGCUACAAUGCCAGGUUUUGUUGUAAAAAAACAGCUCUACUUGGGUCAUCCUUGUAUAAUAUAAUUGAAGGGUAGGGCAGAGCGGUGUUGAUGGGCCGUUGUAUUCUUCAGCUGCAGAACAAUUAUUUUUUUUUAAUCUGGGUUUAGAUAUCAUGCAACAUCUGACAAUAGAUUGCAGCAAACGGCACACGGAGCUGCGUGAGCUCAGUGGAGUAAACCAUUGACCCGAUGUCCUUUUUACCUUGGAAACUUCCAUGCGGCACAAUAUACUUUGUUUUUUAAUCAAUAGUAAACUAAAACAACAGAAAGGAAAAUGAAGUCGUAAUUACGCUCCUCGUUGGUUCGCCACUACCCCCUGUGAACUUCCACGGCUGAACCCAUGAAUUCUAAACACAUUCAUUUAAUCUAUUUGUUUUUAUGCUAAUUAGAAGAAGAGAUUCAUUAAAAUAUUGUCUGUUUUUUAUCUUUUGAUUAAACAUGGGAUAUGCCUAUGCAAAAAUA